AUGACGUCGACUGGCGGGGUAGAACACCCGCCCUCCAAUUUAUUCCGCUUCGAUCGCAAACCAACGCAACAACUGCCUCACCUCUCUCAGUUUUUAACCCCUUCAAUUCCUUUGUCGUUUCUCGCUUCGAAAUACCUGCUCCCCUCACCGAAUUCAUACAUCCUCGGCAAAAAUGUCUGGAAUCAGCAAAGCGUGCUGCUCAAUCCCCCCGUCGUGUCCAAGGGAUACAAGGCCAAGGGAGCUUACCAGACCAUCAAUGGCCUGAAGACCUAUGUCACAGGCCCCGAGUCGGCCACCAAGGCCAUCCUGGUGGUGUAUGAUAUCUUUGGUUUCUUUGACCAGACCAUCCAGGGUGCCGAUAUCCUGGCCACCUCAAACGAGCAGAAAUACCGCGUGUUCAUGCCUGAUUUCUUCGAGGGAAACCCCGCAGACAUCUCGUGGUAUCCACCCACAACCGAUGAACACAAGCAAAAGCUCGGAAACUUCUUCUCGACCCAGGCUGCCCCGCCCAAGACCUUGUCCAAGAUCCCCAACAUUGUGGCCGAAGCCAACAAGCUCGCACCUGGCGGUGCCUUCUCGUCCUGGUCUAUCUUGGGCUUCUGCUGGGGUGGUAAGAUUGCGGCGCUAUCGGUCGGUGCCGAUAACAAGCUCUUCAAGGCAGCCGCUCAGGCUCACCCGGCAAUGGUCGACCCUAAUGAUGCAAAGAAAGUGAAUGUGCCCUUCGCGAUGCUAGCCUCUAAGGAUGAGCCCGCCAGCGAUGUCUCUGCGUUCAAGGCUAACCUGCAGGUCCCCAACCACGUCGAGACCUUCUCAACCCAGAUCCAUGGCUGGAUGGCUGCUCGCUCGGACCUGGAGGACCCUGAGGUGCGUAAGGAAUACGAGCGUGGCUACAAAACGGUGCUCGAGUUCUUCCACCAGCACUCUUGA